AUGCACUCUCGAUCGCUUGUUUCGAGCGUGCUGCUUGCUCUCGCCGUGCUCGGCGGCAGCAGCCUUGCCUCGACCGACAGCGCCACGCCCGUUGUCAAGGCGUACGACAACUCGACUCCCAGCGACGCCUACGAUGCUGCCUCGCCUCCUCUCACGCACAAGGCUCAGCCUGACGGACGCCACGAGCUGCGCUUUACCCUCAUGGGCUGUCCCUCGACCGUGCGGCCCAAGAUCUCGGGGACUUCGGGCUCGCAGGGCGAAUUCACGCCCUCGCCCCCGGGCAGCAUCAUCGUGCCCGCCGACUUUAUUGGCUCUGUCUACCUCACGGGCGAAGGAUGCGGAAAGUACGGCGACAGCUGCCAGUCGGUCGAGCUGACGUUCCAGGCCGAGCCAACCGACACCGUGCAGAGCUACAUCAACUUUGAUGCGAUGAGCGGCAAGAAGUUCCUCUUCCCCGUCAAGGCGAGGUUCGACGAUAACAAGGACACGAGCGAUGCAGCCACAAUCGACUGCGCAUCGUACGACUGCAUCGACGGCUCCAGGGAUCCGGACGACUUUAUCUCCAACCGAAUCUACUCGUCCACAAAGGGUGUCGGCGUCGACGUCGUCUACGACUGCAGAGCCAACACCACCUCGACUACCGACUAG